AUGUCUGGUAGCAAUCCCCGCCUGCUCUCUCUCGAUGGCGGUGGUGUGCGCGGCUUGUCUGCUCUACUGAUUCUGGAACGACUUAUGGAGACUGUAAACCCGGAUGACCCUCCCAAGCCGUGUGACUAUUUCGACAUGAUUGGGGGGACAAGCACAGGCGGAUUGAUAGCUAUUAUGCUCGGAAGGCUGAAGAUGAGCGUAGCAGACUGCAUCAAAGCAUACCUGUCGCUGUCAGACCGCGUCUUCAAGAAAAAAGCUCAUCGGGUGACUAUCAAAGGCAUGAUCCAAGGACGUUUCGACUCUGAUGAGCUGGUACGGGCGAUAAAAGAAGUGAUUAAGCAGCAGGGUCUGCCAGAGGACACACUGCUCAAGGAUGCGCCAGAUGCAAGGUGUAAAGUGUUUGUGUGCGCGACGAGUAGGGAGACCAAAGACACGGUCUGCCUGACGAGCUACCGUCCACUACGCGGCAUUAGCAACCUUUGGAAUAGUGUAACGAUAUGGGAGGCCUGUAGAGCCACUUCGGCGGCGUCUUCUUUCUUCGAUCCAAUAGUCAUGGGACAAUUUCGGGAGGAAUUCGUAGAUGGGGCCACAGGAGCGAACAAUCCGGUGCGGGAGGUUUGGGACCAGGCACAGCUAGUGUGGGAACCAGAGCUGGAGAGCAAGGUGAAGUGCUUGGUGUCCAUAGGCACGGGCAUACCGUCUCUUAAACCGUUCAAAGACGAUGCCUUCCACAUUCACAAAACACUUGUCGCGAUCUCAACCGAGACAGAGCAGACUGCAGAGCGAUUCCGCCGCGAGAAGGCGCAGCUGCACACUUCAGGAAGAUACUACCGUUUCAACGUAGAUCGAGGUCUGGAGGAUAUCGGACUUGAGGAGGCAACAAAAGUCAAAGAGAUAGCAGCUGCCACGAGACGAUUCGUUAGCUCUCAGCAGGUUUACGAACAGAUGCAGGCAUAUGCAGGCAAUAUCGCAAGCCGAGAGCAUUAUGUUCAAUAUCGAAUACCUUUCACCCUUAAGGGUGCCCCGCGUGUGAGGCACUUCGUAGACAGGCCAGCCGAGAUGCGAAAGCUCGAGAAUGUCCUUCUGCCCACACAGAAACACACCGGACGGGAGACGGUAUACGUACUCCGUGGGAUGGGUGGUAUAGGCAAGACUCAGUUGGCAGUAGAGUUUGCACACCGACAUCAUCAUCAAUUCAGCGCGGUUCUCUGGCUAGAUGAACAGAGCAAAGAUAGUAUCAAGCGAAGCAUCGCUAGCUGCGCGGAAAGGAUUCUGCAAGGUCAGAUUCCUGAUACGAAUAGAGUAUACGCGGCAGGUGGCAACGUUGAUGUUGAAGGAGUAAUCAAGAAGGUGAUGGGAUGGCUUGCGAGAAAAGACAACACGGCGUGGCUGCUCAUCUUCGACAACGUCGACCGGGAGUAUAAGAAGCAAGGUGGAGACACUGACGCAUAUGACGUGAGACAGUACUUUCCUGGUGCCAGUCACGGAUCCAUCCUGAUCACAACCCGACUGGCGAAGCUGGAGCAGCUGGGAGACUCGCAGCACCUAGAAAAGGUAGACCAAAAGCAAGCCCAGGAUAUUUUAGAGAAUUGUUAUGAUAGGGAGCAUGGCACGGCGGAAAGUAAGAAGUUGCUAGAGCUACUGGAUGGGCUUCCUCUGGCGAUCUCGCAAGCCGGUGCGUAUCUACGGCAAAGCGCUGUGGGAGUAAAAACCUACCUGAAGUUUUAUGAGCAGGAAUGGAACAAGUUGAUGGGAUCAGAUGAUUGGGCGGAUGAGCCUCUCUUAGACUACCCAGGUCGUAGCAUAUGGACAACAUGGGUCAUUUCCUACCAAGCUGUCCUCGAAAAGCACGAGGCCACAGCUAAGCUGCUACUAUUAUGGUCAUGUCUUGAUAACGGGGACCUUUGGUAUGAAUUGUUUGCAGCAGCAUGUCAGAGGUCCACAGCAGUUGGUGCAAUGCUGCUCGAUUGGAUUGGCGAUAUUGCAACCAGCGAGCUUGCUUUUACCAACGCAAUGCAGCUACUGCGUAGCUAUUCGCUGGUUGACACAGUAGAAGAGCUGGGUCGCUACGCUACGCAUCCAGUAGUUCACAUAUGGGCGCUUCACUUUCAGGGCAAGUGCUUUGCAUCGGAUCUCAAACGACUGGCGGUAGUUGUUGUGGGGUCCGCUGUACCGGAUGAAUCAACUCGAGACUGCUGGAUUAUGCAACGCCGGCUUCUUCCCCAAGCUCAGGUGUGUUCUGUCUGGAUAGUAGACAGUCAAAUAGAGCAUGGCACGGAAGUGAGUAGGGAAUUUUCAGCAAAUAAUGGAAGUAGAGCAAAGACGCUGCUGCUGCUGGAGGCGAUGCAUCGUCUAGGCCUCCUCUAUCAGGGCCAAGACAAGCUGGCAGAGGCAGAACUACUGUACACUCGGGUGCUGAAAGACAAAGAGGAGGCACUUGGACCAAAUCAUGUGUCAAUAUUUGAUACAGCCAAUAAUUUAGGUCUCCUCUAUACCACCGAAGGAAAACUGGCAGAAGGAGAAGCUAUGUACAUCCGGGCGCUGCAAGGCAAAGAGGAGGUGCUUGGACCAAAGAAUACCUCAACACUCGAUACCGUUGGCAAUCUAGGCAUCCUCUACCAUCAACAAGGCAAGCUAGCAGAGGCAGAAGCCAUGUACACUCGUGCGCUGCAGGGCAAAGAGGAGGCAUUUGGAACAAAUCAUACGCCAGCACUUGUUAUAAUGUCUAACUUGGGAGAGCUCUACGUUGAACAAGGUAAGCUAGCAGAAGCAGAAGCCCUGUACACUUGUGCGCUGCAAGGUUCCAUGGAGGCACUGGGACUGAAGCAUAUCUCAACACUUGCUAUAAUUUCCAACUUGGGAAAGCUCUACGCUAGACAAAACAAGUUAGUAGAGGCAGAAGAGAUGUAUACCCAGGCGCUCCAAGGCAAAGAGGAGGUCCUAGGACUAAACCAUAGAUCAACACGUCUUGCGUUUGUUACCCUAGGAAAGAUGUACUUUCGCCAAAAAAAGAUGGCAGAGGCAGCAGACCUGUACAAUCGAGCACUACAUAUCUAUGACACGAGGAGAUCAAAUUACCGUCUCUUUGCACCUGUUGAAGGCACUGUCCUCCUGACGCAGCAAAGGCCUCGCAUAGCGACAAUGAAUGAGGAGGCAUACACCAUGGAUUUGCAAGAAUCAGUGCGACUACCAACACCGCUUGAGUACUCGGACUCACGAGGCAAUGCUGGCUAUUACCAGUAG